AUGUUUCCCAUGGACGGUGCCCGGCUACAGGUGAAGAAAGAGGCUGAUGAGUGCUCUAUUGAGAUGCCAGCUUGCUCAGAAGUGCGGACGGAGAACUUUAUAUCCCAUUACCCGGACUUCUCAGAUUCCCGCCGCUGGAAUACGGCAGGGAGGGCACGAGAGCCGAGUCUGGAUGUAAACAAAGAUGGCGGCGCGCGUCCGCUCAUUGCAACCGGCUCAAUGACUCUGAGAUUCUCGGGCAGUGGGAAUCUAGAGGCGUAUCUGGCCCAGUUUGAACUAUUAGCUGCGACAGUGGGCUGGUCAGGCCAGAUGAAGGCAGUGCAAUUGGCUUUAUUCCUGACUGAAGAGGCGGCUACCUGUCUGUUGCUUCUGUCUCCAGAUGAGAGACAAGACUAUGCUAUGCUGGUGGGAGUGCUGCAGAGGCGUUUCGGAGUGCUCAAUUUGAAAGACUCCAUGCGCUGUGAGUUCAAGAACCGAGUAAGGCAGCCGGGUGAGUCCCUUCACUCUCUGGCGCAUGAGAUUGAGAGCCUGGGCAGACGUGCAUAUUCAACUUUGCAGAGUGUGAUCCAGAGUGAACUUGUGCGUGACCAGUUUGUGCAUGCCCUGACCCCAGUUGAACUGCGGUUACACGUUCAGCUUAUCCGCCCAGUGUCACUGAGCCAGGCGCUGAAGUUAGCUCUGGAGAGAGAGACUGCGUUUGGUGCCUCAAAGCGUACUGAACUUAUGGUCACUGCUGCAAGUAAGGUGGAGUAUAAACCCGCUUUGGCGGAGGAGCUGAUCCAUGCUGUGAAGAACCUCGCUGUGAGACCGAAAGGUGCAGACACGCAGUCCCCAUCUAACCUUCCACCCUCCUGCUGGAGGUGUGGCAAGCCCGGCGACACUCUUCGUUGCUGCCCGGAGGCAAAAGGUGUCAGUUUAAUCUGGGAGAAGAACUGUGGGGGCUUGGAUGAGCAGCAGAAAGAAGAACUGUGGAAGGAGUGCCUUGUGCAUCUGGAUUAUGUCCUGGUCCAUGGAAAGUCUUUCCGGGUGGCCCUAGACUCCCUGCGGUUGGUGCUCGGUAGGAUUGCGACAGCCGGAUUAAAGCUUCACCCGGAUAAGUGCCACUUCAUGCGGAGGGAGGUGGAGUUUCUUGGCCACAAAGUUGACGGUGAGGGCAUUGGCACGCUCCAGGAACAGAUCCAGGCUAUCAGAGACUGGCCCUCCCCGGGAAAUCAGAAGCAGCUUAAAAGUUUCUUGGGGCGGGCUUCUUAUUAUAAAAGGGAACCAGAGGGCCAGGUGGCGCGCUGGCUGGAGGAGCUGCAGUCGUUUCACUUUGAGAUUUUGCCCGCGGCUGAGCCCGCUUGCUGCUCUGUAGAGGUAGAGUGUAGUCCUGAUUGGGCCUCUGAACAAGAAAAGGACAAGGACUUGCGCCCAGUGCGCCAGUGGGUCAUUAGGGUCUCAGAUCAGGGAAAUAAAUAUGUGAUGUGUGCAAUGGACUAUUUUACCAAGUGGCCCGAGGUCUAUGCCCUGCCAGACCAGGAAGCAGAGACGGUGGCAGAUACACUGCUGGAGGGCAUGUUCAGCCGUUUUGGUACCCCAGACAUCAUUCAUUAG